AGUAGGCUAACGCUUUGAAGGUUUCAGAGAUUCAUGCUGUCAAACAGGUGUGUGCUCAGUCAAAGUCAUUGAUCUCAGCAUCAGGCAGCAGAUCUUCUCUCUCUACAGGGUCACCACUUUCCCAGAUCCACACAGAGCUCUGAGAGUCUCCCUCCAUCACCCCCCAGUUCUCCACCUGUUCCCCUCAGAUCUAACUAUUGUCCCUGGGGGCUAUUGGAGCAAUUCACUGUGUUGAGGCUCCACACGUCCCUUUGUCUCUGUGAGGCUCUGUGAUUGGCUGAGAGUGUGAGAAAGUGCAAUCAGACCCAGACCCACACAUUCAUAUGGAGAUGUGGGACUAUAAAUAGGAGGAUGAAGCCAGCAGAGAUCAGACUCUCUCUACAGAGACCUCUACAGCACACACAUCCAGACAUGGCUCCUACAAUCACUGCAGCAGUGACCAACUCUCAGCAGCAGCAUCAUCAUCAUCAUCAUCUGACUGGGACUCACAAGCUCAGAAAGCCUCUGGUGGAGAAGUUACGCAGAGAGAGAAUCAACAGCAGCAUUGAGCAGCUCAAGUCUCUCCUGGGUCCAGAGUUCCUCAAACAGCAGCCAGACUCCAAGCUGGAGAAAGCAGACAUCCUGGAGAUGACAGUUUUCUUCCUGACACAGCUGCAGCAGCAGCAGAAUCAGCAGCAGAGACUGACGAUCAACAACUUCAACCAGCUGCACUGUUCCUCUGACAACAACCUGACAGAGGCUGACUUCUCUCCUCUGAGCUCCACAGUCCACAGCAGUGGCGACACCAAAGACAAGAGUGCCCCCUGGAGGCCGUGGUAGAGAGCUACAGAGUGGAGUUGAAGGACUUGUUCUGUAUGAACAUCAGUGUGUUUGACAUUUCCUGAGGAAAUGACAGAAACCAUAUCUUUGAGGAGGAGAGAGAAAACAUCUGAUCAAGGAUGUUUCAUCAGUCUGAUCUGAUUCACAUCAGCACUGGUUGUUUUACUUCUCUCUACUUCAUACAUUGGUUCAAUGAGAUGUUGUGUUAACGUUUGUCAUCUUCUGAUCACAUUGAUCAUUGUGAUGACAAAUAUUUCAAUGUUCUUUUAUGGACAUGAAACUGAUCUGUUCUCAGAUCAACUUUUUUUUUCUUCUGCUGAAAAAUGUCUUCACAGUUAUUUGUGAAGAUCUGUUAUUGAUCAUGUUGAUCAGCUAUUGAUUGGUUUUCAAUAGUUGUUAUUAUUGAUCUAUGAGAUCAAAUGUUCUUUCUGUCAAAGUUUUCUUCACAUUUGUUUUGUGAAAACUGACAGAAACAAUAUCUUUCAGAUUGAGAAAGACAACAACGUGUCAUGCAUGUUGCAUGGACAUAAUCUGAUGACAUCAGAUUUUAAUUUCUUUCCCUGAUACUGUGUUAAAAUGUAUCAUUAUUUGAUCACAUUGAUCAUUUUGUUGAUUCAUGUUUAAUGUCCCUUUUAUGGACAUAAAACUGAUCUGUUUUAAAUUUAAUUUUUCCAUUUGUGAAAAAUGUUUUCUUUUGACAUUUGUUACCUCCUAAAUAUUGAUCGUUUUGAUCAGUCGUUGAAAAAUUGUCCAGUGUGGACAUGUUAUUUUUGUUGGUUAGUGAAACUUGAUCUGUUUGAUGAUCAAAAUGUUUCUACGUAAGAAAAAUGACAUUCAUUGACGUUGUUACCUUUUAGAUAGUAUUGAUCACAUUGAUCAGCUGUUCUGUUUACAUCAGCAAUAUUGUUGACACACCUUUCAUCGCUGUUAAAAACAAUAUUAAUAUAACAUUUAUAUAUAGGAUAUCUAUUUUAAGGUAUUACAUUUUGUCCUGUGAUGUGUGUUUUAUAAACACGUUUAAGCCAUUGUAAUUCAUCAUUUUGAUAUCAUUUUGAUUUUGACACAGAUCACUGUGUGAUUGUUAUUGUUCAAUCUCUUUUUAUCGUAAUGAUUUCCCUGUAAAAUAUGAUCUCACCUGUGGUUUAUUUCACACAGUUUUUUAUUUUGUCUUUUGUAAAGACGAAUGUUCCUCCACUCACUGUGAGUGCGGCGUGUCUUGAUGAUGUCACCAAGCUGAUGUUGUGAUGCAUCAUCACAUCUGUGUUCUUUCCAGCUUAAACAUGUGGAAUAAAUAAUAAUAAAAAAACAUAAUACAAUAUUUCCUAGAUUUGCCUUUAUUUGUGAUGAUUUUUUUAUUUUUUUAUUUCAUAAACCUCACCAGUCCU